ACGCUGCCGCUGUGCCUUGUGACCCUUCCUCAUGUGACACACUUAACGCUAAUAACUUAUUGACGCCUUUCCGCAUAAGUUUAAAGCCAGAGGAAGUUGCUCGGCAUGGUUGUUCGUGUUGCUUUUGCCGCUCUUGUGGCUGCUUGUCUGUUGUGUGCCAUAGGGUGUGGUAGUCCUUUCUGGACAAAGGGACAACUGACCAUCAACUCGACAAGUGCAGGACUUCCGGGUAUCAAUGGCACUACAAACAACUUACGUACAGUGAAGUACUCAGGCGGACUAUUCUGGUACUGUAUUGUGGACUUCCCUGAUGAGGAGAGAGAGUGCCACACUUUCCCGUAUGACCAAGGGACAGGAGAAGAACUGGGACUCUUUGGCCUGGCUAUCGCUCAAAUGGUGUUCUCAAUCGUGUCUGUCCUGGUUGCUUUUUGCUGCGUUAAGUGCUGCAAAGGUAAAGAUGGCGGUGGCUGCUACUGUUGCUUCGGACUCCUUUGUUUCCUGGCUGGUAGUCAGGAGAGUGACGGCAUUCGCCAGAGGAGUCAAAUUAGUGUAAACAAGAAUGGAACAACCAGUGGGGUUGACUCACAAUACAUACAUCAUGUAGUCAGCUGUUGACAAGUACUGGAAUGAUGUGUAUUGUUUAGAGUAAACUCCAUAUGAUUUUUGUCACAAC